AUGGUGACGCUUUCCCGAAACCCAGCAGACAUCCAAGCUGAGACUGAUGCUGGCUACAACCUCGCCAAAAUAUCUGAUCUCAAGCCCAGUAUGAGUGUCCAAGAGAAACUGUUCUUGGGAACCCGUAUGGGUUUGCAGAGAAGAGACGAAGUCCAAACCGUUUAUCAGCAAACUCGAGAUCGCGAAUCUCAGACUAAUGCUAUGGCUUUGGGUGGCAUCGAGCUGACCGACCAUGCCCUCGCAUUGCCGAUGUCCUGGAGACAGAACCUAGACAAGACGACAAUUGACACCGAAAUCAGCACUCAGCGUUUGACUGAUCACAUCGAAACUAGAAUGCCGUUUAUUAGGGAGGCCUCUAGCAGGCUGACGGCGGCACUGCGACCAUGCGUAAAAACUCUUCACACUAUUCAGGGACUCGUGGCCCGACGGCGGCCUGGCCAGAUUAUGAACACCGAGUGGCAAGACAGCUGCAAUACCAUGUCGAUGAACAUGAGUUUCAGCGCCUUCCAAGCCAGAUCGAUGAGACUGAACGGAUAUCGGAGGCGUGCGAUACAGUGGAUACACUUCCAAAGGGUGGGAGACUCGCUCAAGCCGUUUCCGGGGCCGCCCCUAGAUGAUGACACAGCUGAGGAUAACCCACCGAGUUCCAUCACAGAGAUGUUCUUCGAGCAUGGUCGGAAACAUGAACUUUCAUUGGUAGAGUUGGAUAUCACCGACAUUAACGGAGCGAAACGCAGGUGGAUCUGCAUCGAGAUAGCCCAGCCUCUGGCCCAAGUCAGAGGUCCAGCCCCCAUCGAACUAACACCAAUGCCACAAUCUUUCAUCAAGAUUGCUAUGACCGCCGAGAAUGUCCUGGAAUUUUCAGGCACAAGACAGCAAAUGCCUAACGAGAAAGAACAACCGAACAAGAACCAUCCUCCACAGCUUGGGGACUUUGAAAAGCUCACGAUAGGAGACUCUGCUCGAAGUCGCGAGGACGUGAACAUGAGGCUAAGGGUGUGCAGAAACGGUGUGCCGAUUUUUGUUACGGGGUCUAAGAAAGGUCACAUUCCGGAUUCCAGCCCGUUUGCGGACUUUCUCUCCGUACCAGGUGUGACUGGUCUUCCCUGGAAAGAAACAGACAAACGUGUGGGCAAGAACACGGUAUUGCUGAGAAAGAGGGAAUUCUGGCAACGGUUUUUCUCGGCGGCAGAAAUUGACAAGGAGCGAUGGGCUUCACUCCAGGACGCAAUGGCUAGAGAUGAAUGCAUCGUGGACAUUACGUUCAAGGAUCAAUGGCAAGAGUUUGCCCCGAUCGUCCAGGCGUCUCUGUCAAAGUGGGCGCCUUUCCAGCCUCAGUCACCACAAUCAGCACACAGGCCCCAAACGCAAGGCCUGAAUAGAGGGCUUUAUAACAGGCGAGAAGGUAACGUGGUUCCUCCUAGAAGUUCUGGGCUCCGCAACGAAGUCCGUUGGUAG